AAGGCGCCUCUUGAAUAGCGAUCGCUUCGAAAUUUGGGAAUAAAAAUCUUGUCAGAACUGGCAAAUCUGUUCGGUCUGGUGGCUGUCGGGGAGGGACGUGAGUCUCCCCCGACUGCGGCUGACAGACGUGUCGGGAGGUCGCAGGCCACAUCCCCGGGGGACGCCCUGGUGGAAUCUGGAGAGGACCGGGGACGCCUGGAUCCCUCUCAUCUGCUUAAUAUUGAUUCUGAAACUCUGUUGCCAGUCAGGUCAAUUGGUUUUGAAAAACCUUCUUUUUGGAUCCUUAAAUUCUUGUCUCAACGUGUUGUGUCUGUCCUUGUCCUUUGUUCUUUGUUUCUUGUCGUGUGUGUGUGUGUGUUCGCGGUCAUGGGCCAGAGUACUUCUACUCCUUUGUCCCUGACCCUAGGCCGCUGGUCAGAGGUCAAGGGACGAGCUCAAAAUCUUUCCCUUGUCAUCAAAAAGAGCAAAUGGCAGACUUUCUGCUCGUCCGAGUGGCCUAACUUUAAGGUCGGAUGGCCCCCGGAGGGGUCUUUCCAUUUGCCUCUCAUAAGGGAAGUGAGGAAUCUUGUUUUUCAGCCUGGCCGACAUGGACACCCGGACCAGGAGCCUUACAUUUUGGUGUGGCAAGACUUAUGUGAAAAUCCCCCGGUGUGGGUUAAGCCCUUUUUACCCCCUGAUUCCCUCUCUAGGUCGUCGGUCUCCGCUUCCGAACCUGCUAUUCUUCCUGUAAAGCCAGCUCUGCCUUCUCCUCCACCCUCUGUUCCCCCGGUUCUUCCGGACUCACAAUCUGAUCUUUUCCUUCUUGAUCCCCCGCCACCUCCUUAUGCCUCGGCCAGAGCUCCGCGGCGCGACCAAGGACCUCCUCCGGCACCUGGCCCAGUUCCUCCACCCAUGUCCCCGAUGGCGGCCUCCCCAGAUUCUACUCUUGAGGGCCCCCCGCCGCCGCCAGGCAGCGGACCUGCACUGCGGACUCGGAGCCGAUUCCAGCCAGACGAAGGGCCUGUAGCCACUACUCUGCCGUUGCGCCCAUAUGGGCCAAUGGUAGACAAUGGGGAAAGGGGGGAAAUGCCGGCCCUCCAAUAUUGGCCCUUUUCCUCCUCAGACCUGUAUAAUUGGAAAAAUAAUAAUCCUCCUUUCUCUGAGGACCCCACCCGACUAACAGGUCUCGUGGAGUCUCUCAUGUUCUCUCAUCAGCCCACCUGGGAAGACUGCCAACAGCUACUCGGGACUCUCUUCACUACUGAAGAGAGAGACCGCAUACUUCUAGAAGCACGAAAGAACGUCCGGGGACUAGACGGGCGUCCGACGCAGUUGCCGAACAUCAUUGAUGACAUCUUCCCGCUAACGCGCCCUAAUUGGGAUCCAAAUUCUUCAGAAGGUAGGGAGCAUCUGUCCUCCUAUCGCCAGGCUCUUGUGGCGGGUCUCCGGGCAGCUUCCAGGCGGCCCACCAAUUUGGCUAAGGUAAGAGAGGUCGUUCAGGGCCCCACUGAGUCCCCCGCGGUCUUUUUAGAAAGGCUAAUGGAAGCCUAUCGGAGGUUCACACCCUUUGACCCGCAAUCGGAGGACCAAAGGGCUUCAGUGGCCAUGGCCUUCAUUGGCCAGUCCGCUACCGAUAUACGGCGUAAGUUACAACGCCUAGAAGGAUUACAAGACCUCACCCUUAGAGAUUUAGUCAAAGAAGCAGAUAAAGUUUUUCACAAAAGGGAAACAGAGGAAGAAAAGGAAGAGCGGAAGGAAAAAGAGAGAGAGGAGAGAGAAGAUGCUAGAGACAAAAAAAGAAAUAAGGAAUUAACUAAAAUCCUGGCCACAGUGGUAGAUAGUGGAAAGAAACAGAAAGAAAAGGGAGGCAGUACCGGGCCACGGCCAAGCUUAGACCCGAACCAGUGUGCCUACUGCAAGGAACAUGGGCACUGGAAGAAAGACUGUCCUAAGAGACCCAAGAAGGGCCUGCAGGCUAAGCAGCCUGCCCUGUUAGCCCUGGAUGAAGAUUAGGGGCGACGGGGCUCGGACCCCCUCCCCGAGCUCAGGGUAAAGUUUAACGUGGAGGGGACUCCCAUUGACUUUGAAGUAGACACUGGAGCCGUUUACUCGGUUUUGCAAGCGCCCUUGGGACCACUGUCAACCAAGCGGUCUUUAGUAAGAGGUGCCAAUGGGAGCCGAUACCGGGCUUGGACUACCAGGAGGACCAUGGACCUGGGAAGGGGAAAAGUCCAUCACUCCUUCCUUGUGAUACCUGAUUGCCCGGCCCCAUUAAUGGGGAGAGACCUGCUCACUAAACUGAAGGCCCGCAUCACCUUCGACCCUGAGGGACCCAGAGUAGAGUUUCUGAGUCCCUUGGUAGAACGGCCGGUAGUCACAGCCCUAACUAUGUCUGUAGAAGAUGAGUAUCGCCUGUACAACUCUCCAGUAGAAAAGCAGGACAUGACAACCUGGCUUGAGGAGUAUCCAGAUGCUUGGGCCGAGAAGGCCGGGCUAGGGCUGGCGGAAAACCAACCCCCAGUGGUGGUCACCCUAAAGACCUCUGCAGCACCAAUUCGGGUCAGACAGUACCCCAUGAGUAGGGAGGCUCGGGAAGGAAUUAGACCACACAUUCAGAAGCUAAUCCAAGAGGGGGUUUUGAGGCCCUGCCAGUCAGCCUGGAACACACCACUCCUCCCUGUCAAAAAGCCAGGAACGGGAGAUUACCGACCAGUGCAGGAUCUGAGGGAGAUUAAUAGUAGGGUACAGGACAUACAUCCCACUGUACCUAACCCCUACAACCUUCUAAGCACCCUUCAACCUGACAG